UAGGAACGCUGGGAUCGAAAGAAAAGAGGAGCGAAAUUUGAUUUCAUGGCACACGCAGCAGCUUUCACCAGCUUUAGUUAAGGUUCAGAAACGCGUAGUCGUUCCGCAUCCGUCGUCGAAGGCGGAUUCGACUCGUGUCCCUUAAAAAGAAUACUUCCCCUCGAAUAAUUUUCGUCUCGUAUCACCCGCUCGAAAUAGACAAAUUUUCUUUUCCCAUCAUUCAUAAAUAAAUUUCCUCUUUAGAAAAAAAAAUUUAUUCAUUUUUUCUCGAAUUCACAAAAAAGGAAUUAAUAAAAAAAAUCUCCCAAUCUACUACAUAAAAAUAAUAUAAUGAAAAAUAGAAUACAAAUUUAAAAGGAAGAAAAAGACCGAGUCUCUCUCUAAGCCGGAAACACUGAAAGCGGAUACAGUGUAUAUUAUGUGACGAGAAUUCAUUACGAUCCAGAAGAAUCAUAAUCUGUAAGACGAUGAAGAGUAUCAAGAAGAAAAAAAAGUAAAGAACAAUAGCACAAUGUGAUAUCGAAAAAUGACUUUUUCCCCCUUUUUUUAAUGCAAAGUGUGUAUAUAAUCGAGAUUUUCCCAAUAAGUCGCAAUUAUUAAAAAACCAAAGGCCUAUUAUAGAAAAAUUUACAAUAUGCUCCCAUUUUAAAAGUGAAUUUCUCAACUCAAUCUCUCUUUUUUUGUAAAAAAACAUUUUACAAAUAUUAUCCCCCAAGUAAUGACGACAGUGCGAGACGAUAAUAACAACGACGACGACGAUGAUGAUGCUCCAGAAAAAAAAGAAUAUACGUGCAAUUUUACGCUCACAAAUUUUUAAGUAAAAAAUUUUUUUAAAUCGUAAAAUUAAAAGAAGAAAAAAUCUUCUUUCACAUCUAAAAGAGAAAGAGAGAAACGAAAUUAAAAUUAAGAAGAUAUUUAAAAUUUAUCGACUUGUUUUCCAUUGCGUUUAAAAUGGACGGCCUUUGGAAUUCUUCGCAUUCAUCAAAUACCGCGAAUAUCACGUCAGUCAUUUGCAAUUCAACAACCAAUCGAGGGAUCUGUGUUAAAGAAGAAGAUUCGAGUUUCGAUCGUGAAUUGGUGGAGCAAAUAGUCGCUAUAGUGGUGCCCUUAUUUUUUGGCCUAAUUGGAGUAUUGGGAUUGGUGGGAAAUUCAUUGGUUGUACUUGUGGUUGCUGCCAAUCCGGGAAUGAGAUCAACGACAAACAUUUUAAUAAUCAAUCUUGCAGUGGCCGAUUUACUUUUUGUUUUAUUUUGUGUACCAUUCACGGCGACUGACUAUGUUUUGCCAUUUUGGCCAUUUGGAAACAUAUGGUGUAAAGUGGUGCAAUAUCUAAUUAUCGUCACUGCCUGCGCCAGUGUCUACACUCUCGUUCUCAUGAGUUUAGACAGGUAUUUGGCGGUGGUGCAUCCCAUAGCUUCCAUGUCUGUAAGGACCGAGACACACGCAUUCAUUGCAAUUUGUAUCCUGUGGGCUGUGAUUCUUACAGUCUCUAUUCCAGCACUUAUCAUUCAUGGCGAGAUCCAUUUUAUUUUACAGGAAAUGGACAUCUCGUCGUCGGAAAAUCUGACGGCGUGUCGAAUACUACCCCAAUUUAACUGGCCAUUAUUCCAGGUGUCAUUUUUCUUAUCGAGCUACGUUGUGCCUCUAACCCUUAUAAUCGGUCUCUACAUCUGUAUGCUGUUGAGAUUAUGGCGAGGAUCUCGAAUCAGUGCAGAAAGUCGUCGGGGGAGAAAAAGAGUGACGAGACUGGUCGUCGUUGUUGUUGGAGUUUUCGCAUUUUGCUGGCUUCCAAUUCAGUUGAUUCUGGUGAUCAAGUCAGUUGACAAAUAUCCUUUGACAACGCCAACGAUCAUGCUGCAAAUAGCAAGUCACGUACUCGCCUAUACCAACAGCUGUGUCAAUCCAUUUCUGUAUGCGUUUCUUAGUGAAAAUUUUCGCAAGGCCUUCAGAAAAAUCAUCUACUGCAAAUCACGACUGGAUCCACAUCAUCGACUAGGACCACCAACAAGAACAACAAGGGCCGCUAGUACAGGUGACAUUUUAUAGGAUGCUGGAUUGCAAAUCACCAUUUCGACAACGGUAGGAAACAUUAAGGACUCACAUAUUUUAUAAAAAAAAUAUAAUGACAUUAAAUAAAAUAAUAUCAAGAAAAAAAAGUAAUUUGAUAAUAUAGUCGGAAAAGAACACGUGAGUCACUGAAAUGGAGAAAAAUCACUGCAAUUCGAGCAAAAACAAGAAAUUUCAAUUAUCGAAUUAAACAAAAAAAAAAAAAAAACUAUGUAAAAUAUAUAAUGUGAUAUCGUAAACAAUAAGUGAUAAAAAAAGUCCCUUUGAGUGAGACUCAUUAAAAAUUCAUUUAAUUUCUUUUUCAACAAAUUUGCAUGAAACUCCAAUUAAAAUCGUUCGAUAACAUUUUAUCCAA